AUGGGUCCCCUGGAGAUGCUCUCCGAAAUGAGGGCAGUGAACAGCUAUCUGCAGCUCCUCGGGGAGCAGCUGUACGUGUUUGCGGAGACGAGCCCCUCUGCAGCCACAUGUGCGUCGCGAUCCCCAACCGUUACCAGCGCAUGGGGAUCGGGUGCGCACGGCUAUCCCGCAAAGCCUGGCGCAACGCACGCUGCGGUGUCUUGGGGUGGGGCUUCGGAGCGCGACGCUCUUUACCUCCUCCAAACAGUCAUGGAGAACACGCGGCGCCUCGUUAUCCAGUCUCAGAAUGUGGUGUGGGUUCUCUUGGGUCGAGACACCGCCACGAGCGGCGCCACCUCCGGUCAAGCCUCGUGCGGGAUAAGCUACUCAGAGUCUCCAUCUGAUGUAGCAAAGCGGGGCGUCGAUGGUGGUGUAUCCCCGCGCGACAACGAGGAGCCUCGCAUGUCCCUCAUGCGUGGUAUGCAAGGCUCUCCCUCACGCGUCGCACUUGUGCCCUCUCUCGCGCGCUCCGAGGUGCAGGUCACGGGCAGAACUCCUGUGAGUGCUUUCACUACCCAACCCCGACUCUCCGAUGGCGUCGCGGAGCAGGCGAGGCGGUGUCCGUGGCCAGCGACGCAGUUCUGCUACAUGACACACGUCGAGUUCAAGCGCGGCCGGUUGCGUCGCUUUCUGAGUCCUGUCACCAUGAAGGCGGGCACUUACGUCAUAGUGCCUGGCGACCGCGGGUACGACUGCGGGCUCGUGGUGCAAUGUGCUCUAUGGAAUCCUCACAAGCAGGCAUACGACGUGGAUACCAUUCAGUCGCUCGACCCCGGCGUGUUGCCCCCGGGAAACGCUGGUUCCAUCAUGGAGGUCAUCCGUGUUGCCACAGAUGAGGAGGUGCACCGUUUGCAUCGCGAGCACGUCAGCAUGGAGCGUCUGGCGCUCACCACGUGUCGCGACAUUGCCGAUCGCCUGCGCCUUUCCAUGGAGGUGCUCGACUGCGAGUAUCAGUAUGACGGCACAAAGAUCAGUUUCUUCUUUGACUCGGCCGAGGUGAUUGACUUCCGCGAACUCAACAAGGAGCUUUUUCGUGUCUUCAACGCGCGUAUCUGGAUGCAGAACACGAAUACAGCGGUGCGCAAUGAGGCGCCGCGAAAGGUGGAGCCGUCACGGCGAGGGCACCGCUUGCGCGUCGGCUUCCGAGGUACCUCGUAG